AGAAGGUUGUGAAAAGAAUUAAAAAGAUCAAAAAACCUGAAGAAACAAACAAUUAGAGAGUGAUUACGAAUUAAAUAUAGAAAAAGAAAAACCGAUGUCUGAAGAAAUCGCUGAACAACCUGAAGAAACAGAAAUGAUUGAAACGAUCGAAGUUAUUGAGACAAUUGAGGAAACACCUGAAGGCGACAAAAAAGUUGUCAAAAAGAUAAAAAAAGUGAAAAAACCAAAAGUAACAACUGAAGAAACAAUCAGCUUGAAACCAUCUGAUGAACCAAUCAUAGAAGUUCCUGAAGAAGAGAUUCGUCCAGAAGCUGAAUCUGAAUCGACAAUCGAUACAAAAACAAAAAAGAAAAUAUUGAAGAAACCAAAACGAAAAGAAUCGAUCAUCGAAAUUCCAGAAAUAAGCGAUAAAGAAGUGAUUGAAGAAAUCAAAACAGAAUUCUUUGAAGAAAUCAUUGAAUUGCCCAAAGACGAUGAGCAAAAACCAGAAGAAAUUAUUGAAACAAUCGAAAUGACACCUGAAGGUGAUAAAAAAGUUGUCAAAAAGAUCAAGAAGACAAAGAAACCAAAAGAGGAAAAACCAGAAGAAAUUAAACCAGAAAUCAAAGAUACGAAACCAACGGAAGAAGAGAAACCGAUUCAGGAAAAAACAACUGAACAACCUGAAGAAAGGGAAUUGAUUGAAACAACCGAAGUAAUCGAGACAAUUGAAAUGACACCUGAAGGCGAAAAGAAAAUUGUCAAAAAGAUCAAGAAGACAAAGAAACCAAAAGAACAACCACUUGAUGAAGAAUCGAAACCAGAAAAACCAAUAGAGGAAGAGAAACCGAUUAUCGAAGAGAUUACUGAACAGCCUAUUGAAUCCGAAAUGAUUGAAACAACUGAGGUUAUCGAAACCAUUGAGGAAACACCUGAUGGUGAUAAAAAGAUUGUCAAAAAGAUCAAAAAAGUCAAGAAACCUAAGGCAGAAAAGCCAGAAGAGGUUAAGUCAGGAACUGAUGAAAUAAAAACAACCGAAGAUGAAAAACCAACCCAAGAAGAAAUUACUGAUCAUCCUAGUGAACCAGAAUUGAUCGAAACGAUUGAAGAGACAAUCGAUGAUGGAAGGAAAAUUGUCAAAAAGAUCAAAAAAGUCAAGAAACCAAAAGUGACAGAAGAAACAAUCAGCUUGAAACCAUCUGAUGAACCAAUCAUGGAAGAAUCUCUUAAAGAAGAGAUUCAUCCAUUAGAUGAAUCGAAAAUUGAUACAGUAACAAAAAAGAAAAUAUUGAAGAAACCAAAACGAAAAGAAUCAAUCACCGAAAUUCCAGAAACAAGCGAUAAAGAAGUGAUUGAAGAAAUCAAGACUGAAGUCUUUGAGGAAAUAAUUGAAUUGCCCAAAGAUGAGGAACAAAAACCAGAAACAAUUGAAACGACACAUGAAGGUGACAAAAAAAACGUCAAAAAGAUCAAAAAGCCUAAAACAAAAAAGUCAGAAGAAAUCAAACCAGAAAUCGAGGAUAUGAAACAAACUGAAGAAGAGAAGCCUAUGUCUGAGGAAAUCACUGUACCACUAGAUGAACAAAAAGAUGUGAUCAAACCUGAAGAUGAAACUCAACCUGAGAUGCCAGAUAAAAUCAUUGAAGAAAUCAAAAUGAGCAAAAAGAAAAUUGUCAAAGAAAAUCAAAAAGGAAAAGAAACCUGAUGAAGUGACAACUGAACUUCAACCUGAAAUUGAAGAGAAAAUGAAGAACCAGAAUUUCAUCCAUUACCCGAAAUAACAGAACAUAUGGUUGAACCAUCGGAAAUUUUCGAAACAAUUGA